UUGAAUCUCAAAUUGCUUUUGUAAAUUGUCAAUCAUUAUUUUCCAAUCACUUUAUUUUUUCCAAUUUGAUUCGUCUUUCAAAGCCAACAUUUCAUCAAUUUUACAUUUGUUUAACUUUCCUUCUUGGUUUUAUUGUUUUUCCUCUUUUGUUUGGUUCCUCUGUCAUCUAAUUUAAAAAUAUGGUUAAACAUAUUGGAUUAUUUAAUUGUUCAUCUCUAUCUUGUCAUCAUAAAUGGAUUUCAAUUGGACUCAUUUGUUUAAUUAAUAUUGUCUUUGUGAAUACUACAUUUUUUGAUACACCCGAGGAGCCCAUAAAGCUUGAUGUUAACCAAGAAACCGACUUGUUACCCUUAUUCCUGAUUCCUAUAAAUGGCUAUGAAACCACCAUCAAGUAUCCUAGUAAAUGGUUAAUGGGUAAAAACUUACGAUGUAGUGUUAAAUUAGAAACUGAUUAUUCAAAGUACAUUUAUGGCAAUAUCACUCAAUUAAUUGUUUGGUACCAAAAUGACAACAAUGAAACGUAUCAACUAUUGCUUGACUCGGAUGGAACAUCUCUCUUCUCAAAAGAGUAUUUCAUUGAUUUACCGUUGACUAAUUAUGGCAAAUUUCGCCUGGAAAUUGAAAUGCAAGCAAGUACAAAUGCAGAUAUUGAUACUUCGCUUCAUUUAGUUAAAACACUCUCGACGCAUCGUUGUUGGAAUACUUAUCAACAUUGUCCAGUAUUUUCCUGUUCACCCAAGGAUAUCAACAAUCAAAGCUCUGUUCAAUGUUCAUUCUCUCCCGAACUUUCCUUUAAUUGCUCCACUCCUGACCUUUGUAUUUAUCAAGAUGAAGUCUGUGAUUAUGAAAUUAAUUGUCCUGAUGGUAGUGACGAAUUGAAUUGCGACCAAUCGAGUGCUUUAAUGUCUAAUAAUACCUCGGCUAAUGAGCUAAAUGGAGACGUUUCUUCAAUCAAUAAUUUGAGAUGUUCAUUCGAGGUUGAUUACUGUUCUUGGAGGCCUUUCAAACUAUCAAAUGAAUCAUGUUUCUGGGGAAUGUGUUCACACAAUAGAGGCUUAAUCCGUACCGUUGCAGCUAAAUCAUUAACCCAGGGACCAACCUUUGACCAUUCUGAAAAUCCCAAAGGUCACUACUUAUUGCUCAAAUCAAGCAGCAAACGAGGCCGAAGUACUGGAUCCAUUGUCAGUUCAACACCCAUUGGAGGAAACUGUAAAUUAGUUUUACAUUAUUUGACCAACAGCCGAUAUAGUCAAGUUUUGAUUCGAUCAAGUGAUAACUCAUCUUCAUUUAACCCAUUCUCAACCAUUGAAGUUAUCGAUCUGGAUUGGGAGAAAUCAUUAUUUACCCGAGUUGAAGUUGAUUUAGACCUUUCUGGUGAAUGGUUAUUUCUGGUAACUAUGAUUAAAGGAGAUGAAAACUCUUAUCUGGCCCUCGAUGACAUUUAUUUUACCAAAGGAUGUUAUGCUCUUUCCAUACCAGAAUCAUCUUUGUCAUUGCAACCACCAACUCUUUCACCACUAUCAUCAUCAUCAUCAUUUCCAUCAACAAAUUUAACGGCUACAGCUUCUCCUUCAUCAUCUUCUUCAUCACCAUCAUCAUCAUCACCAUAAUUCACAUUUUCCAUUCAUCGAGCAAGACUUCAUCGUUCUAUCGAUAGAUUCCAUGCAUUCCUGUAACAGCCUAUUGUUAAAGCAUCAAGAUGAUUUAAGCAAAGUAAAAAAAGACAAGCGAUCAAGUAAAGAAGCAAAAAGAUGAAAAAAAGGAAGAAAAAAUGAAAGUUCAUAUUUAUAUCUCAUAUCUCUUCCAGUUGCCUUUAGCAAACCAAUGAAAUUUUCUCCUGCUAUUUCUUAUUGUCUUUCGGGUCUCAUUCACCCACUCCAACUCCAUAUUUCUCAACAUUUCUUAACUUCAUCUCUACCUUCAGCAUCAUCAUCAUUUAAAGCUAUUUUUCCAUUUGUAAAGGAUUCCAAAGGCUUUUGUAUUUAAUCUUUGACAACAAAAAUCAGAUGAUAUUUUUAGGUAAAGAAAGAGUAGAAAGAUUUAACUAAACUUUAUAAAGUCUCGUCGGUUAAGAUGGAGAUGAUCUUGAAGAUGAUAGAGAUGAUAGAGAAGAGGAAACUUUUGAUGUUCAUUUUUUGAGUUGCAUGGGUAUAAAAAUUGAAUACAUUUACAUAAUCAUGAAAGUGUAUAGAAAGCUAAUUGCAACGCAAUUCAAAAAACCAAUGUUUCAACCAACUAAAUUAUUGAAAUUGUUAUUGAAAUUAUUAUUGAUGUAAUACAUAUUUUAUUAAGCAAAUUUACUAAUUCCUUGUUUUCUCGACAAAAUUAAACAUUAAACACAAAAUAUGUGCCCAUUAAUGCAUUUCAA